CACACGAGGUAUAUCACUACUGGCUACACACACACAGUAGCUUGAAGCGUUGUGUCUCUCGGCUUUCCGUCCGUCCUGGUCGAUACUGCCAAUAUUACAGAACGGACAACAUUUUGACACAUGACAUUUUAAAGUGAGUGCUAAACCGUUACGGCUGGAUGAGUGGGCCAAUCUUCACCCCCCCCUCUGCAGAGGUGGCUGAGAUGAACCGCAUCCAUUAUGAGCUGGAGUACACAGAGGGCAUUAGCCAGCGCAUGCGAGUCCCUGAGACCCUCAAGGUGGCCUCAGACAAGCAAACAGGGGCUCUGCCACUUGAGCAGCCCCUGGCCAUUCACUCAACGCUGAUGCAGGUGCCAGAGAGGAUCGUUGUUGCAGGUGAUGAUGGAGACGCUCUAUUUUCUCGUCCCAGAGACUUGGACCUGAUUCAGUCCGUCACUCCUGUGGACCUUCUGACCAUGAAGGCCCCCCCACGUGUUCUCACACUUACAGAACAGCCACUGGACUCCCUUGAAACUGAUCAAACUGCCCCUUCACGGAGCAAUACCGGCCAAGUGGCUCACUUUCAUGGACGAUCUCGAAGAGAACGCAGUGCAAGUGAGAACAUAACUGGUCGCCACAGCAGUCAGAUGGGCAGAGGUGACUUAAGUGUAACUCCUUCCCCUUCUGCCCCCCCAGUCCGCUUGUGUCCCCCCCUCUGUUCCCCUGAGGACGCAAAUAUCAACCUGUUUACAGCUGCGGGGUUCCUGUCUUAUAUCCAGUCAACAACACGCCGAGCUUAUCAGCAGGUCCUUGAAGUGCUGGAUGACAGCCACCGCAGGACACACUUAGACCUGUCUCUGGAUAUAAACCCUGAUGAGUCUGGCUUGGUGGACGCCUCCUCACUACGACGGCAGAUUGUGAAGUUGAACCGGCGUCUGCAGCUGCUGGAGGAAGAAAACAAAGAACGCUCCAAGCGAGAGGUGAUCCUGUACUCUGCUACUGUGGCGUUCUGGCUCAUUAACACCUGGAUCUGGUUCCGCCGCUAAGAUGGGACAAGACUGAUUCCCUUCCCCCCAAAAAAUACUGGAAGCCAAAGCAAUUCCUUGUUAAAAGUGCAACCGUUAAAAUACAGUCAUCUAAAGGCACCCACGAGGUACUACAGCAACACUGGAAAAUGACCUCCACCACAAUCCACCAUAUUUAUAGCGCAGUUUAUAUUUAUGUUACAACUCUUGGACUAGCAAGAUGAAACACCGUGACACCACAGCAGUAGGUAUGCAAAGUACUUGCAACUGCUUUGUUGUGCAGCAUAAGUGAAACAUACUCUAGUCACUUUAUUUCACCUAAUCUAGCUAUGACAUAAGUUGCUGACCAACAACUAUGUCAACUCUGAAUCUGAAUCCGUGUUGAAGGGUGAGUUUGGAGCUUUUUCCACUUUUACAGUUACAUAUCAUAUAAAAUACGGCAGUUAGUUUAAAGCAGCAAAAUGUAUCCCUGGCUGGAACCGUAAACUCUUACUGAUAUAUUGAUAUCACUUUGAAGCCUGAUAAAUACUUUUCACAGCCUGAACAGGUGUUACACUGAUGGUUGGUAUCAUUCAUCCAUGUGAAAAGAAACAAAAUUUAUAAAUGAGCCUUUUUUUAGCUUGAAUAGGAGAAUAACUGGAAGUGGAACAAGGAUUUACUUAAGCGACAAAUGUUUUGGGAACCCAUCUAAGAGCUGGAUCUGUAGUUACAUGCCCAGUCCUCAGACCUGACUGUGUUGUCUUUUCGGAAAAGAGAUUCAUCUGUUUUGUAAAAACAAAACAAACAAAAGAAACGACCAUUCUUCAUGUGUCAAAGUAAGAUGACUAAAUCUAGAAAUGCCAUAACAUUUGCCCUGAAUGUUCUCUGAACUCUGCGUUAUGUAAAACAUUUGUGUACAGUACUUGAAUAUCCUAUUGUUGAAAUGUUGUAGUUUUCCCUUAAUGAUUUUUUUUUUCAUAUUUUGACAUAGAGAUUCUGUCAUUACCUUAAUGAAGUGACAACAAAAGAUACGAAGGGUAUCUGUGAAGUGAUAAUGUUUCCCCAUGCUGUUUAUACCUUUUCAGCUGAUCUCUCCAGAGAAUUUGACCACUCAUGUUUUCCACUGUUAUCAAGUUACAAGAUUAAAAGCAUGGACUGCGUGGUUUUAUUUUCCAUACAGUGUGAUAUAAAUCUUAGAGCUACUGUUUGUAUGAUCACGUAUAAUAGAUGGCUAUGUUUAUGAAAUAUUAAUGUCAUUAUUUUUCAAUAAUGAAGUGAGUGUAUUUUGUGAAGGUUUAUUUAUUACACAUAAUGCAAAGGCAUCAACAAAACGUUGCAGUGCCCCUUUUUUUCUGUUAAGCACUCUAUCUAUGACUUAAAACUGGUGUUUUAAGUUAAAUAUUUGACUUUCUUUGUAAUAUAUAGAAACAUUCAUUGUUUGUUGAUUUUGCUGUAAUAAAUGAUGGAUGUUGAUUUCCUUC